AUGUUUGAGAAAGAUAAAAAUUCAAUAUUCCCAUGGUGUGCUGCUUUUCCAAGAAUUCUUGAAAUAUUAAAAAAUGAAAAGGUAGAUUAUACCAAACUCACUUCACGAAGGCAAACAUGUUUUCAUUUUGCAGCUAGGUUUAACGCAUUGGAUAAUUGCAAGUUUUUAUCAGCCUUGCAUCAAAUUGAUAUCAAUGCUCGAGAUAUGAUCAAUGAAACUGCUCUUCAUAUAGCAUCAUACAAUAAUAAUGUUGAAAUAGUAAAAUUUCUACUUUCAAAUGGGGCAGAUGUAGAUGUCAAAAAUAUAUCUGGCGAAAGCCCUCUGCAUUGUGCAUCAAGGGAUAAUUUUAAUUAUAUAGUAGAAAUCCUAUUAUUGCAUCAUGCAAAAAUGGAUAUAUGUGAUGGAAAAUGUAGAACACCUCUUCAUUGUGAAGCAGCUUAUAAUAGCAUAGAUACUGCCAAAGUGCUUAUUUCAAAUGGUGCACAAAUCAAUGAAAAAGAUUGUUAUCAGAAAACUCCUCUUCAUUUAGCCGCAGAGAAAAAUUAUAAGCAAAUGGUAGAAUUUCUUGUUUCACAUGGAGCAAUUACAACUCUUAUGGACAAAGACGGGAAAACUGCUCUUCAAUAUGCAUUAGAAUGUAAAGAUAAAGACACUGCUGAAUUUCUAAUAGAUUAUGCUUUACAAAUCAAUAAUGAUGAAAAAUUUGGUAAAGAAUAA